AGCCAGUCCACACACAUCACUGUUCCUGCUGGUGUGGAAGACGCUCCUGUUGUACUCCAGACAUCAUGAGGGUCCUUAGCGCACUUGUAGUGAUGGCAGUUCUUGUGUUAGCUGUGGUGGCUGAUCCUGGUCACUUUGGAGGCAGCCGUCCAGUAGGGGGCUAUGGUGGCAGCACUGGAGGGACAAGUCAUGGUGGCGGCCAUAGUGGCAGCACUGGAGGUUUCAGCACUGGUAGCCAGGGUGGCUAUUCUAGUGGUGGAGGCAGCAGCUCUGGUAUAAUCCGUGCCCAGCUUGUUGGACGACACACCAGUACAACUGGUGGCAGUGGUGGUCACGGUACUGGUGGCAGCUAUGGAAGUCAACGUCAAGGUCCCAGUAUUGUCCGCGCCCAGCUUGUUGGACGACACACCAGUACAACUGGUGGCAGUGGUGGUCACGGUACUGGUGGCAGCUAUGGAAGUCAACGUCAAGGUCCCAGUAUUGUCCGCGCCCAGCUUGUUGGACGACACACCAGUACAACUGGUGGCACUGGUGGCUACGGGACUGGUGGUGGCUCCCGGGGUGGACAUCAAGGACCCAGUAUUGUCCGUGCCCAGCUUGUUGGUCGUCACACUAGUUCAGGAAGUAGUGGUCAUGGUGGUCAUGGUGGUGGUCAUGGUGGUGGUCAUGGUGGCAACUAUGGAAGCAGCUAUGGGGGUGGAUGGUAAAGUGGACUGUUGAAUGGUGCCCCACCUUCAGCUACUUAAUAACAACAUCGAAUGGUUUUUUUCAGUUACGUGAACCACAGAAUUAAAUGGACAUUACUUACUAUUAUGUGUGCAUAUAAUAUGCUUGAUUCACACUUUUUAAUUUACUUGUACAUUGCUGUCCACUUUUAUGAUAGUAACAAUGUCAAGGACACAUAAAACAAAUCAUAUAA